GGCAGUACAGCGCAGCGGUGCGGGAUGGAGGCGGGUGCGGGGGACUCUGGCGCCCACCUGGCCGCGCUGGUGCUGGCGCGGGGCGGCAGCAAGGGGAUCCCGCUGAAGAACAUCAAGCUGCUGGCGGGGGUGCCGCUCAUCGGCUGGGUGCUGCGCGCCGCCAGCGACGCCGGCGUCUUCCACAGUAUAUGGGUUUCUACAGACCAUGAUGAAAUUGAGAAGGUUGCAAAGCAGUUUGGCGCUCAAGUUCAUCGCAGAAGCCCUGAAGUAUCUCAAGACUCCUCAACUUCUCUAGAAGCUAUCAGAGAGUUUCUUAAUCAUCAUCAUGAGGUUGAUAUUGUAGGAAACAUUCAAGCAACGUCUCCAUGUUUACAUCCCAGCGAUCUUAUAAAAGUGGCAGAUCUGAUCCAGAAAGAGGGGUUUGAUUCUGUCUUCUCUGUUGUGAGACGGCAUCAAUUUAGAUGGAGCGAGGUAAAAAAAGGAGAAAACAAAAUGACAGAGCCCCAAAACCUAAAUCCAGCAAAACGGUACCGGAGGCAAGAUUGGCCUGGGGAGCUGUAUGAAAAUGGCUCAUUUUAUUUUGCCAGGAGACAUUUGAUUGAGAAAGGCUAUUUGCAGGGUGGUAAAAUGGCCUACUAUGAAAUGCGUGCAGAGCACAGUGUGGACAUUGAUAUUGACAUUGACUGGCCUAUUGCAGAGCAGAGAGUAUUGAGCUUUGGAUAUUUUGGCAAAGAACCAUUAAAAGAAGUGAAGCUUUUGGUUUGCAAUGUUGAUGGGUGCCUGACAAAUGGUCGCAUUUAUGUGACAGAAGAUCAGAAGGAAAUGGUCUCCUACGAUUAUAGAGAUAUUGUUGGUAUAGAUCUACUGAAGAAAAGAGGAAUACAGGUUCGACUCAUCUCUGAGAGAGAUUGUUCAAAAACACUGUCAGCCAUGAAGCUUGGAUGUAUAGCAAAAGUUAGUGUGACAAAUAAGUUGAAAGUCCUGGAGGACUGGCAAAAAGACAUGGGUUUGAGCAGGAAAGAAGUUGCUUACUUAGGAAACGAAGAGUCUGAUGUGGAGUGCCUGAAGAAAGCUGGCAUGAGUGGUGUGCCUGCUGAUGCUUGUGCCCUUGCUCAGAAGGCUGCUGGCUACAUCUGUAAAAGCAGUGGUGGCUGUGGAGCUGUCCGGGAGUUUGCAGAACAUAUUUUCUUGUUGUUAGAAAAAGUGAACUCUGCAAGAAAGCAAAUGGAAGAAGUGAGUGCAGCAGGAAAGGAAGCAUGAGGGAAAUGAGAACAGUGGGAGGGGAAAUAAGGAACUAAUGACAAAAGAGUGACACAGCAGGUCAAUCCUGCUUCUUCAUCUCUUCCUCUCUCAAUAAGUCUGUAUUCCAAAAGAAGGCUUAUCUUUCAAGUUUCACAUUGCAGUAGAGUUAAAAAGAUGUUUCCCUGUAUUUUAAGGUCCCACUUUAAGUGCUAAUACUCAUGAUUGUAUGCUGAUAAUCAUGAUCAUACUCAUGAUUAUUUUAAAAGCCAGGUUAAGUGCAAUGGAAGGAAUGCUACAAAAGGUAGCAUCCUGUAAAUAUCUUAAUCAUUACACCUGUCAUGAUGUGUCUUCAUUUCAUAAUCUAAAUAUAUUCAGGGAUCAGUGAUUUUGCAUGACUUGAGGAUUUAAUUUCAGACUUUAAAAACAAAAUGUAAUUGUUUUUUAUUUUGUUUACAUUUCCUAUAUAGAUGCCAAUAUGAUGUUGUAGUUGUCUGUGGGCUUUUUACAGGAUUUGUCCCUAAUAAGGGUGAUUUUAGCAUAUGCUUUAGAGGUUGGGUGUAAAAUUACUAUCAAACUUCUUUCUAUAUUUUUAAAAGACAGCUCAGUUACUGUAAAACAAGUGAAUAUUAGUUAAGAAAUGCACUUAAGCAUGUGUUCAAUUUUAAAAUCAUAAAUAAUUUAAUGGCAUUUGGGAUUGUGCCUCUUAUCUUUGAAUCUGUUAAUGUUGGGUUUUAUUGGAGAGUUUAAAUUACCAUACCCAAAUGCCUUGCCAACUUUGAGUCCAAUUUCCCAUUCAGUUUGAGGUCUUUCCUUAGCAGAAACUUGUUUUCUUUCUAUGAAGACUUUAUUAGAUCAUUAAUGAGUAAAGAAGGAAACUAAUUCUUUUAAAAGUUCUCGUUUCUCAUAUGAGAAAGUAACUGCUGUUAAAAAAAAAAACCAAAACAUCAAAACCAAAACACAACCAAAAUGUAGCUGUUGAUUUUGGGUUUAUGUAAAAUAAAUAUUCAAACUAUUUUUAGCAUGUUAAUUUAAAGCUGGCAUGUAUGUAUGUAUGUUUAUAUUUAUGAAAAAUAAGGCUUUUACCAUGUCUUGAUUUAAAGAACUCAGUAUCAGUAAAAAUGUCUAGAACUGACAAUAAAAAUAUGCAUCAGCUUUCAACCCUAGUAUUUAUCAAGGAGUUAAGGUUUGCUUUGGUUUCUGAUAAAAAAAUAAAAAGUACCUGUGGUGUACAGGCAGUUAUUACUGACAUAAAUAGUAGUGGCUUGUGAUGUUGUUUCUUGGCAAAGUAGACACUCCCGAUAUACUACCACUUGAUACUGCCCUCUGUUGGUUAAUUACAUGUUUACUUCCUCUUUUCAAGGCAAAAUUUUAAACUUGAUUUUUUUUUUACCCCCUAUCUGCAGUAGCAAGGUUGAGAGGUGAAUAGCUCAUUGUACUAACCAACCAAAGUUAUCAUAUAUUUUAUUUUAGUGACGUUUUAGCAUACUAAAAGCAUACAGGAGAACCACAUUUUGGACAGAACUAUGGACUUCGGUAUAGCUAGAAGAAUUAUUUUUGUUGUAUAGACUGUGUGGUAAAGCUUUCUAAGUCCAGACUGGAUGAGCAACUCAGGUUUGAUAAUGCCAUACAGUUUUUGGUUAUUUCACGUUAUCAUCAUCAAGUAACUUGCUGACUUUGGUUUCAAGACCAGUUUUCUGUGAGAAGAUAGCUUUAAACAAGCUGACUGGUGAACUUGAUGCUCAUUCUUUUUAUGUUAGAGAAAACAAAAAUAUAGUUAAUGUGAUUUUAUGAAACUGUAAAAAGUAAACUAAAUAACAAUAAUAAUAAUUUAUCAGGUUUUAUAAAAAAACCCUGACAUUUGAAAUAAACAAGUUUUUUG